AUGGUGACAGCGCUUGGUGAGUUGCAGGCACAGUUGCGGGCCAUUCUUCAGGAAUUGCAUGAGAAUGGCGACAUUCAGCUCAACGAGGCAGUCUUUGCACCGGGCAAAGCUUCCCUGGAGAUCCCCUGCGAAGUCCAGGUGCCAUCCGAUAAUGCCACUGCUACAGAACUACGCCAGAGCCUUCUGCAGCUGCAAGAAAAGCAUGCCACCCUGAUGAAUGCGGCGCGAGAAGAGAUUGAGGCAUUGCGAAAGGCCUUACAGGAGGCGCAUGCCGAGCUUGCCUCGGCCAAAGCUGAAGCGACCCUGAGACCGUGCCAGUUGCCUCCUCCCAAGAAGAAGAACGUCGUGACGGUCUCCCAAUUGAUGCACAGGUGGAUAGGCCUAGCGGGGUCAGGGACUGGUGAAGUGGUGUGUUUCUUGAAAUGGCAGAAAAUCUUGGUUGUCACUUGUCACCCUUCGGGAUUCCACGUCUCAAUAGCUGGGAACAUUCGUGCUGUCCACCUGUGUAUUUUCUUUACUGGUUAA